AUGAGGUCAUCUCCCAUCCUCGCCUCCACCAUCGCGGCCGUCAUAUCCCUCGCCGGCGCUGCCCUGGGUUUGGAGACCUCGUACAAAGAACCAAAUCUAAGGACGACCAACUUUACGAUCUGGUACCGCCACUACAUUUCGCCGUAUGUCGGGUACACACUGCCGAAGUAUUUCGACGUCCACCUGCUGCCGACCUCCCAGCCUUCCGACUGCUACCAUUUCUACUUUACCGGCAUGUUCCUCGACGAGAGGAGCGACGUGAGCCGCGACAAGGAAGGCGUGCGGAUCGUCGGCAGUGACUGGACGCAGCCGGACAUCCUCGAGUUCAACGUGCAGGGGGCAAAGUAUCGCGGCGAGCACGUCGAUAGAAGUGACAAGUACUUCGGCCAUCACACUAUCUACAAGGAUCGCAACAAUGACAUUUACGACAGGGACAACCGUAAGAAGGGCAACUGCGUAUAUGCUAUCAGUGAUGUCCCCACAGUUCACUGUCCAUCCACAUAUUACAACGAUGAAUUCUACCCGGAGACGAGAUUGCAAGCGAUAUUCAACUGCACCAAAUACUCACCACACGAUGAACCCUAG